AUGAUGUCGAGGAACGUCUUGCGCCAGUCUGGCCGCAUCGCCGGUGCCAUCGCGGCAUCUGGUCGAGUAGCUGCUUCCCGUGUCGUCACGCCCGCACCUUUCAAUGCCGCCUCGAAACAGGUCCGAUCAUACGCCGCCGAUGCCAAAGCCUCCCCGACCGAAGUUUCCUCUAUCUUGGAGCAGAGAAUUCGGGGUGUGCAGGAGGAGGCUGGUCUUGCUGAGACUGGCCGUGUCUUGUCCGUUGGUGACGGUAUCGCUCGUGUCCACGGCAUGACCAACGUCCAGGCCGAAGAGCUGGUCGAGUUCGCGUCCGGCGUCAAGGGCAUGUGCAUGAACUUGGAAGCUGGCCAAGUCGGUGUGGUGCUUUUCGGUUCCGAUCGUUUGGUCAAGGAAGGCGAGACUGUCAAGCGUACCGGCCAGAUUGUCGAUGUUCCUGUCGGCGAGGCCAUGCUUGGCCGUGUCGUUGACGCUUUGGGCAACCCCAUUGAUGGCAAGGGCCCAAUCAAGACCACCGAGAGACGCCGUGCUCAGCUCAAGGCUCCUGGUAUCCUUCCCCGACGAUCCGUCAAUCAGCCAGUCCAGACUGGUUUGAAGUCCGUCGACGCAAUGGUGCCCAUUGGUCGUGGCCAGCGUGAGUUGAUCAUCGGUGAUCGUCAAACCGGAAAGACUGCCGUUGCCCUGGAUGCCAUUCUUAACCAAAAGAGAUGGAACAACUCCAAUGACGAGACCAAGAAGCUCUACUGUGUUUACGUGGCCGUUGGCCAAAAGCGAUCCACUGUCGCCCAGCUUGUCAAGACUCUGGAGGAGAACGACGCCAUGAAAUACUCCAUUGUCGUCGCUGCCACUGCCUCUGAGGCCGCUCCUCUGCAAUAUAUUGCUCCCUUCACUGGCACCGCUAUGGGUGAGCACUUCCGUGACAAUGGCAAGCACGCUCUCAUCGUCUACGACGAUUUGACCAAGCAGGCCGUUGCCUACCGACAAAUGUCUCUGCUGCUUCGUCGUCCUCCUGGGCGUGAGGCUUACCCCGGUGAUGUUUUCUACCUGCACUCGCGUCUGUUGGAGCGUGCCGCCAAGAUGAACGACAAGCACGGCGGUGGCUCCUUGACUGCCCUGCCCGUCAUUGAGACCCAGGGUGGUGAUGUGUCGGCUUAUAUCCCAACCAACGUCAUUUCCAUCACCGAUGGCCAGAUCUUCUUGGAAGCCGAGUUGUUCUACAAGGGUGUCCGUCCCGCCAUCAACGUCGGUCUUUCCGUGUCUCGUGUCGGUUCCGCCGCUCAGCUCAAGGCCAUGAAGCAAGUCGCCGGUUCCCUGAAGCUUUUCUUGGCCCAAUACCGAGAAGUCGCCGCUUUCGCCCAGUUCGGUUCCGAUCUUGAUGCCGCCACCAAGCAGACUCUCAACCGUGGUGAACGUUUGACCGAGCUGUUGAAGCAGAAGCAAUACUCGCCCAUGGCUGUUAACGAAAUGGUUCCUCUUAUCUACGCCGGUGUCAACGGUCACUUGGACAGCAUCCCAGUCAACAAGAUCCUGCAAUGGGAGGCUGACUUCCUGGCCCACUUGAAGAACGACCAAGCCGAGCUCCUGAGCAGAAUUGACAAGGAGGGACAAUUGAGCAAGGAUCUCGAGCAGCAACUGAAGGAGGUUGUCGUGAACUUCACCAAGAGCUUCUCAUAG